UGAGAAGCGGAAAUGGGCGUGAGACUCCGCCCAUUGACCCCUGCCCCAGUGACGCCAUUAGUUUCAAUGGUGCUGAGGUGGAAGUGUAGUCUGGUGACAGAAGGAAGCUAAGAUAGAGAAGGGUAAACAUGAAGGCUCUGAUCCUAGUUGGCGGUUAUGGCACCCGAUUGCGCCCCCUCACCCUCAGCGUUCCUAAGCCACUGGUGGACUUUUGCAACAAGCCCAUCCUGUUACACCAAGUAGAAGCUCUGGUGAAGGCUGGGGUUAAACAUGUUAUCCUGGCAGUCAGCUACAUGUCUGAUAUGUUAGAGAAGGAGAUGAAAGAGCAAGAAAAGAGGCUGGGGAUCCGCAUCUCAAUGUCGCAUGAAAAGGAGCCUCUAGGAACAGCUGGUCCACUAGCCUUGGCUCGGGAACUGCUGACAGAAAACACGGAGCCUUUCUUUGUACUCAAUAGCGACGUGAUCUGUGAUUUUCCAUUUGAGGAUAUGGUGCGGUUCCAUAAGCACCACGGAAAGGAGGGCACUAUCGUGGUAACAAAGGUGGAGGAGCCAUCAAAGUAUGGAGUGGUCGUUUACGAACAAGAAACUGGACAGAUUCAGAGGUUUGUGGAGAAACCUCAAAUAUUUGUAUCCAACAAGAUCAACUCAGGGCUUUACAUCUUCUGUCCUUCAGUACUGGAUCGCAUAAAGCUUCGUCCAACUUCUAUUGAAAAGGAGAUUUUUCCAGCCAUGGCUCAAGAUGGACAAUUGUUUGCCAUGGAGUUGCAAGGAUUUUGGAUGGACAUCGGACAACCUAAGGACUUCCUAACUGGCAUGUGCAUGUAUCUGCAGUCCGUGAGGCAGAAGCAUCCAGAACUGCUUCAUUCUGGACCAGGCUUUAUCGGAAACGUUCUUGUGGACCCCACAGCAAAAAUUGGCCAGAAUUGCUGCAUAGGACCUAACGUGACCAUUGGACCUGGAGUAACUGUUGAGGACGGUGUCCGUAUUAAGAGGUGCACGAUUAUGAAAGGAUCGAGACUUCACUCCCACUCCUGGCUUGAGUCUUCCAUUGUUGGCUGGAGCUCUUCUGUUGGGCAGUGGGUACGUGUGGAGAAUGUGACAGUGCUAGGAGAAGAUGUCAUUGUUAAUGAUGAGCUUUACCUAAAUGGAGCCAAUGUUUUGCCCCACAAGUGCAUUGCUGAAUCUGUACCAGAACCAAGGAUUAUCAUGUAGAGACGUUAAAACUGCUGCCCACAGAGAACUAAAAAAACUGGGUCUUGCAGUCACCGUACAGCAUGACAGGUGGGCAAUACU